CCUGUGAGCCGCCGAGUGCUGGGCACCCCAGCUAUUCUAGGGGCUUCAGUCAGAGGCGCCGCCCGAGAGACCCUGGGCCGGCGCCGGGCGCAGCUGCCUGUCCGCGUUUGCCUGUCCGUCUUUGUGUCUGUCUCUGUGUCUGUCUGCUGUGCCCGAACUUGCCUCCACCUCUAAAACUAAGUCUCCCGGACACCCCGGCAUCCCGCGAACUCUCGCCCCUCUCCCAUGGCAGGCUACUUGCCCCCCAAAGGGCACGCCCCUUCACCCCCACCUCCCUACCCUGUGACCGCUGGGUACCCGGGGCCGGCGCUGCCCCCCGGGCCCGGGCCGGCACCAGUGCCCUCCCACGUACCUGCCCCUGCGCCCGGCUUCUCCCUCUUCCCCUCGCCCGGCCCCGGAGCCCCGGGGCCUGCUGCCCCGUUCUUGCCACUGCCGGGGGUGCCUUCCGGCCUCGAAUUCCUGGUGCAGAUUGAUCAGAUCUUGAUUCACCAGAAGGCUCAGCGAGUGGAAACGUUCCUCGGCUGGGAGAACUGUAACCGGUAUGAACUGCGCUCGGGGGCCGGACAGCCCCUGGGUCAGGCGGCCGAGGACAGCAACUGCUGCGCGCGUCUGUGCUGCGGUUCGCGCCGGCCCCUGCGUGUCCGCGUGGUGGACCCCGGUGACCGCGAGGUGCUCCGCCUGCUUCGGCCCCUGCACUGUGGCUGCGCGCGCUGCCCGUGCGGCCUCCAGGAGAUGGAAGUCCAGGCUCCCCCCGGCACCACCAUUGGCCACGUGCUACAGACCUGGCACCCCUUCCUCCCCAAGUUCUCCAUCCAGGAUGCGGAUCGCCGCACGGUCCUGCGCGUGGUGGGGCCCUGCUGGACCUGUGGCUGUGGCACGGACACCAACUUUGAGGUGAAGACCCCGGAUGAAUCCCGCAGCGUGGGCCGCAUCAGCAAGCAGUGGGGGGGGCUGCUCCAAGAGGCCCUCACGGAUGCAGAUGACUUUGGCCUGCAGUUCCCACUGGAUCUGGACGUGAGGGUGAAGGCGGUGCUGCUGGGAGCCACAUUCCUCAUCGACUACAUGUUCUUCGAGAAGCGAGGAGGCGCUGGGCCCUCGGCCAUCACCAGUUAG